AUGCCAGAUAAGACGCUGAAGGUUGUCACCUAUGCUGCCGGUGCGUCUCUAGCGGCAAUCACCCUCGUUUAUGUUUUCGCACCGACGUAUUUCCUUGAUGGCGACGCUUCGACCUCCGGCAGCGCCGCGCUCUUAACGCGAAAAAAAGGCGUUGUCGGGCUCUCAAACCCUGCGAACGACUGUUUUAUCAACUCGGUACUCCAGGCUCUCGCGGGCCUUGGUGAUCUUCGACUUUAUCUGAUACGAGAAAUACAUCGCCGCAGCCUUGACGACCAAUCUGUAUACGCCCGGCUCGUCCCAGCCGACAUAUUGGCGCAGAUCGAGCAUGAAAAGGCCCUGCCGCGUUUCGGCAAGGAUAUACCGAAUUGGAAGCUAGACGGAUUGCAGAGAGGCAGCGUCACCAGGGGCCUAAAGGAAAUUUUGGAUGCGUUAAACGAACGACCGAUUCACAAAAAAACCAUCUCCGCCGCACGCUUCGUGAAGGUUCUGGAGGAGGCUUUCCGGCAGCGUAUUAGCCGGCAGCAGCAAGACGCCCAGGAGUUCUUGCAGGUAGUGGCCGAGAGACUCUGUGAUGAAUACCAUGCGGGACGCAGGGCGCGGUGGCUCGCCAGACACGCGGCAACUCUAGAUGGUGAGCCAUCCAUAACGCGGGCAGUCGUCGCUGAGAUAUUGGACGCCGGGAUGCCUCAGUUACCUGACCCUGCACCCCUGACAGGAGGCUUUCUGCCGGUUCUGGAGUCAUCCGCUGGGGCGUCUAAGAACGAGGUGGAACGUGACAUUGGUCAAGAAGAAGGUACGGACACCGAAGAAGAAGAAGGAUUCUCUUUGGAAGGCAGGUGUGAAAAAUGCCGCCUUCUGCACGCGUUGUCUAUCGUUGAGUCAGAUGCGCAGCGGCCCUCAUCGGAGACAGUGCGGGCGAAAGCCCAGGCAGCGGUGGAAAAGCUGAGGCACGCCAUCGAAACAGAUCCGGAGAAACCGCCAGAGGACGUCCAACUUCCCGACUUGCGAUCCGCCCCUAAACGCAGGAUCACGCGUCACAUCCGUCUGACUGACUUCCCCAAGGUCCUGGCUAUCCAUCUGUCAAGGUCCAUCUUCGACGCGGGCUAUUCAUCGCAGAAGAACUCGGCCAAGGUCGCAUUCCCGGAACAGUUGCCGUUGGGUGGUUUGCUUCAGCAACGAAAAUACAAGCUCCUCGGUGUCGUGACGCACAAAGGAAGCCAUCACAGCGGGCACUACGAGUCCUUCCGGCGCCAGAACAUAUACCCACCCUUUUCUAAUCCGAACACGUUCCAGGCGUCGGAGGCGUACAGUAGGAGACCCAGUCCAGCGCCAACGCCUCGGCUCGAGGCCGAUGGCCAGCUAUCUGAGAUACCUACCGUUCCAGCUUCAGCUCAGGAGAUCUCGGCCAACGGAACCAACGUCGAUGUACCCCCUUUUCCGGACCCAGGCGCGGCAGCGGCAGGGAGCUCCCGCAGUUCGUUUUCUGAUAACUUGCGUAGCAAGGAACAGCCCGCCGAGACGCGAGAUCAUCCAGCGCCAGCGCCUCCCGGGCGCCAUGCGCUGGCUGAGAAAUCCAAGUCACGGAAGCAGCAGGCCCGCUGGUGGCGGAUCAGCGACGAAAAGAUCAAAGAAGCCAGUACUCGUGACGUGCUAAACAUGCAACGCGAGGUGUAUUUGCUUUUCUACGAGAUUGAACGACAGCCUCCUCUGUGA